UCUUCUCAUUUCAUAAAAUCACUUUCAUUAAUCAUUAAUCAUACAUGGCUUUCUUUCUCUACUUCUUCGUUCUCUUUCUCGCUUCUUCUGCUUCUGCUUGCGAUCGUUGCUUACACCAAUCUAAAGCUUCCUAUUUCUCCAAAGCUUCUUCCCUUUCAUCUGGAGCAUGUGGUUAUGGCUCUUUAGCACUUGACGUUAGUCAUGGCCAGCUUGCCGCUGGCGUUUCUUCACUUUUCUCUAAUGGAGCUGGUUGCGGUGCUUGUUUUCAGGUAAGAUGCAAGAACCAAGCUAUAUGCACAAAAGAAGGUACAAAAGUGGUAUUAACGGAUCUAAACCACAACAAUCAAACUGAUUUUGUUCUAAGCAGUAGAGCUUUCACUGCCAUGGCUCAAAAGGGUAAGAGCCAACAAAUUUUGAAGCUUGGCAUUGUUGACAUUGAAUAUAAGAGAGUACCUUGUGACUAUAAAAAACAGAAUUUAGCUGUUCGUGUUGAAGAAUCAAGCAAAAUACCAGAUUAUUUAGCAAUUAAAUUUUUGUAUCAAGGUGGCCAAACAGAGAUAGUAGGUGCUGAUGUAGCACAGGUUGGAUCUUCUCAGUGGAAUUUUUUGAGUAGAAACCAUGGUGCAGUAUGGGACACAAGUAGGGUUCCACAAGGGGCAUUACAAUUAAGGUUUGUGGUUACAUCAGGGUAUGAUGGAAAAUGGAUUUGGGCAAAGAAGGUUUUACCAGCUGAUUGGAAAAAUGGGGUGAUAUAUGAUACUGAUGUUCAGAUUACAGAAAUUGCACUAGAGGGUUGCGGAACAUGUGAUGAUGGAACAUGGUGAUAAUUUAGGAUAUGUUACUGAAGUCCUGAAUUAAUUAACCUACAUAACAUAUACAUAUUGAUUUUUUUUGUUUUAGGUGGCUUUAAUUUUAUUUACACUGUAGUAUAGGCUUAGAAACCGACUUUAUGUAAUACUCAGAAAUUAUAUACAUGGAGUUGUUGGAUAAAAUUAAAGUAUGUUGUCUCAUUUGUAA